ACCAACAAACAGAUUUAUAUGUCAAAUGCUUAAUAUACAAUACAUCCACAUAAUUAACUUACAACCAGUUGAUAAGGAUAUAAAGUGUCCACCUAGAUAAGAUAUAGUUUGCUCAUCUAGAUGCACAGAAUCCUGUACACAUCCAUCCCUUAAGAAUAGUCAUACCAACCUAUAAAUGUGCAGAGAGAAAUCUUAACAUCUGCCACCAUCUUCUCUCCACUGCCCUCUCUCCUCCUUCUGGUCUCCUCUGCCUCUCUAAAACUUUUCUCCUGCCCAUCCUUCCUUCUCCCACAGUGACGGCCUCACCUGCCUUCACCUGAAUAAGGACACCAACCUACAGCCUGAUACCAUAUAUUCCUUUUAAAAUAAGAAGAAAGCUUUAAAAAUCCCCCUCUUGAGAUUGGGAGGUGUAGCUCAGCAGAAGAGCUACUGACUGCCAUUUGCAAGAUGUGGGUUUGACCCAGGCACUGAAAAAGAAUCCAUCCUCUGGUAACCAUGGUCACGAAAACUCUGUGUGCAUGGUGGCCUCUUUCCUUGUGAUUCCUCUUUUUAAUCCUUAUGUGAUACAGAACCUGGUUAAACAGAGGAGCUUAGAAGGUAUUCCUAUUGCUUGAGAUGCAAGUCAACUCCAUGUCUAUACAGAACAGUGGCCAGUAUCCAUAUUGUUCUUUAAAAACACAGUAAUUUAGUGCCUACUUGUGGGAGUCCUAUGUGCUGAGCACUGUCAUGGGUAUUUCCUGAACCUGACAGCCUCACAUUGUGGGGCUCCUGCUGUAAGUGGGUAUGGGGCUGCUAGAUGUGGGGGAUUGGUACUCACAGCAGCUGUAGGUGAAGGUCUAGAGGCUAUGAACAUGAUAAAUCUGAUGCUGAAGGUGACAGUGAUCUGCCUGGGUAACAGUGACCAGGUGCCUGCUCACCAGGCAGGGAGGGCCCUAUCAAAUACUGGUUUGACUGUGGCAAGAAAAGUAGCCAAGUGCUGACAAACCACCGAUAGGGGGCAUGGAAUGCUGAUUUAUUAGCUUGACACAACCUAGAAUCACAUGGGGCCCUCUCUUGAGUUAACCAAUGUCAGACUACCCACUAUCCACUGUGGGUGGCACCAAUUCCCAGACAAGGGGUUUUGAACUGUGCCCACAAUCCAACUGGGCACAAGCAAGAACAUGUAUGUAUUAAUUUCUCUCUGCUCUUGACUGUGGAUGUGAUGUGACCAGCGGUUUGAAGUCUUUGUCUUGCCUUGAAUUCCCCCAAAGUAAUAGACUAACCUGCAAUUGUAAACUGAAAUAAAUCUUUUUCCCCUUGGUCCUCCUCCUUCUUCUUGGUCUUAUUGUGUAGCUCUGAGUGUCCCGGUGUCGGUGUAUAUAUACCAAGCUAGCCUCAAAAUUCAGAGAUCUGCCUGCCUUUGCCUUCAAAGUCCCAGGUUUAGAGGGUGAGUCACCAAGCCCGACUCAGUAUGCUGCUUUUUGUCAGGGUAUUUUAUCACAACAGAAAUGAAAUAGAAUAGCUGGCUAGAGUACUCUAAUGACCCAGACUGUUCUAAUUUAUAGUUCGUGGCGCUAGCUUCAAAUUAGGUGACAGCGAUUCGAGAGGCAGCUCUGAUCAAUAGGUUGGGUUUUUGUUUUAAAGGUGUUGCAUUGAGUCAAGCUGACAGCAGCAGUGCUGGGACGAGAUCGAACAGCUGUAAUCACAUUGGGAGCUUGACAUUGCAACCAGAAGCCUGGAUCUGGGCAUCGGUAGCAGGGACAAUUAGGUCUCCAUGUGAUUCAAUGACAACUUUCAUGACCAGCGCCGAUGGGGCUGAUGUUAACUGGAUCUGAUUCACAUCCAUUUGACUGUCAGGACGCUGAGGCCCGGGUUCAAAAGCAGCUUGGGGUGCUGUGAGUCAAAAUAAUGGCAAAAGAAACGCUGUGUACACCCACACCAAGACCAGUCCAGAAGUCAGUCUCGUCCCUGCCCCGCACAUGACUGUUAUGAAAGAAGGAAAGAAAUCUUUGUUGUCUCUUCGCUGCUAACCUCAGAGGUGGCAGGGUAAGGGGUGAUCAUGCAAAGGAAAGUUCUCCCAAGGUACAGUUGCGAAGGUCAGAGGUCAAGAGCAGUCCAGGCACCAACUAAUUCUGGGAGCCUACCAUUGGUGGAGAGCCUGCACGUGAUGUAGCCACCGCCUUCUCGCGAGACCGUCUCCCAACACGUGACUAUGGCGUGCGCACAUCCGGGCUACGGCCCUGGGCGUCCCCGGCCCCAAGAUGGCUGCCUUUUGGCGUCUCCAGCGCUGUUGAAUGGAGAAAGCUUUAUUGUUCCCUUCGGGCAGGAGUGUUCGUGUUCUCUAUGGCGCUGUCAAUAAAGAACGGCAGUUUGAAUCGGUACUGAACAGCUUUCGAAUGCUGGGAUAAAGAUUGUGCAUCUCCCCUGCCUGUCUAGCAAGAAUGAAUGAUUUCACACACCCAUCUCCUAGCAUCAUAGACAGAAACUCAAGUAUCCUAGAGUCACUUCAAACUGUGUGUCCAAGGACAACUUUAAACUUCGGAUCCUCCUCCCUCUACGUCUUGAGUUCCGGGUUUACGAUUAUUGCCAGCAAUGGUAGCACACGGCUGCAAACUGAUAUCCUAUUAUCUCAGUGGUUUGGGAGGCAGCGGCAAGAGGACCAGCUUGAACCACAUAAAGAAAGACACUGUCUCAGAAGCCCAACAAACAGAGAGGAUGAAGUGGUUUCUGACUCUGAAGCAGUUCAGAUUACACAUGUUCUACCUGUGCAGCCCUCGAGCACUAAGCGGAUGGAGGACUUGGUGGAGUCUGAAGGUCUAGAGGAAGGGUUCGAGGGUGGCCCACACCAUGGAACUCCCUAACUACAGCCAGCAGCUGCUUCUGCAGCUCUACGCCCUGUGCAAGGAGCAGCGGUUCUGUGAUUGCACCAUUUCCAUCGGCAACAUCUACUUCAGGGCCCACAAGCCAGUCCUGGCAGCAGCCAGCCUCCUGUUCAAAACCCUGCUGGAUAGCACAGAUGCCAUCUCCAUUGAUGCAUCAGUGGUGAGCCCUGAAGAGUUUGCCCUCUUGUUAGAAAUGACAUAUACCGGCAAGCUACCUGUGGGCAAGCACAACUUCUCCAAGAUCAUCUCCUUAGCAGAUAGCCUGCAGAUGUUUGACGUGGCUGUUUGUUGUAAAAAUCUUCUGACCAACCUCGUAAACUGCUCUGUCCAGGGGCAGGUGGUAAGGGAUAUCUCAGUGCUGUCCUCAGAGGCAGGUGGCAAGGAAUCAGAGAAGCCUCAAGUAGAAGUCCUUUCCUCUGAAGGUGCUGGGGAGCCCUCUUCUUCCCUGGAAGUUUCUGCCAUGCCAGCAGGCACUGAGAAAGCCAAGACCCAGGAAGUAAUUCACAUGGUUACUCAAGAGAUAAGUGCAGACCCUCCCAUUGCCCAGGAGGUUCAGGUGGCUGCAGAGAUCACAGGGGCAACUCCUCACACAACCGAAGUUUGUUCCCCUCUCCCUGCUGGACAGAUCCCAAGUGAGGCAAAGGCAGCCAGUACAGAAGCAGGGUGUGAGAGGAAGCAGGACCAACUGACUCUCCUGCUAGAAUAUGAAAGUGUCUUCUCAAGUGCAGCCUUGCUCACCCCGGACAUGCUGAGGAGACUGGAAGGAUGCUCUGAGAUUGAAGGGCCUCAGAAGGAGACCGUAAUGGAAUGUCUCGAGGCCGAAGGAGGAGGCUCAGCAUUCCAGAGAAUCCUGGACAAAGUGCAUGAUGGGAGCCUGGAUGUGCAGGUGGCCCUGUCUCUGAUGAGACUAUGCCAGGAGUCCACACCUGCAGAGAAAGUGUCUCAGAUUGAAGGGAGCGCAGGAGAGGGAAAGACCUUGUCUGUUCUGUUACUAGAACACAAAGAGGACCUGAUCCAGUGUGUAACACAGCUCAGACCUAUUGUGGAGUUCCUGGAAACAGCCAAGGAGGAAUUCCUGCCAGACUCGGAAAAAAGGGUGAUUCAGAUCUGCUGUGAGGGCAGAACACCCAAGGAGACGGUAGAGAAUUUGUUGCACAGAGUGACGGAAGAGAAGACCCUGCCUGCCAAGAGUCUGGUAAAACUCCUUCAGGCUGUGAGGACAGCAUUCCCAAACCUGGGCCUCCUGCUGGAGAAUUUGCAGAAAGUAGCGGAAUCACCUGGCACCACAGGCCUGACCAGAGCUACCCGUGAAACUGCAUGGACAGAGGAGCCCAAGAGAUUGUGCAUUCCAGCGGACCGUGUGGAUGGAUCCUCCCCCAACCCUGAUGCCUACGGAGCCGAGCUGUUGAGAAAGUACCAUGAAAACCUGUCUGAGAUUCUCAUAGACAGCCAGGUGCUGCUAAAGGUGAUCUCACGGCUGAAGAGCUUAGCCCCCGGAGACAGAGAGGUCAUGCAGACCCUCGUGAAACAGGACUCUGGCUCGGGUGGCGUCAGUUCCCUGAUGUCAGCAGCUCUGGAAAGGCAGACUGUCUCUGCAGCGGCCAUUUGGCAGCUGCUGCUAGCGGCUCAAGAGACCGAGACCUGCCCGCUGAACCUGCUGUUAGAGGAAGUAGAGAGGGAGCCUGGCGCUGGGGCUUUUUUCCGGGCAGUAACUGCCCCAGAGAGCACGGUGUUGGAAACCAUCCUGAGGCAUAGCAAGCUGGUCCGCGAGGCCAUCCAGCAGACAGUGGGGCGUGAACACCUUUCUUCAGAGGAAGAGCACCUGGCAGAGACUGUGAAAGAGAUGCUGAGCAUAUCCUCCGAGACGGUGAGCCCUGAAGCCUCCCUGAGAGUGGUGCUGAGCAGAGCCAUGGAGAAAUCCGUCUCAGCCUCUGUGGUCUGUCACCUCCUAUGCAGUGUCCACAGGUCUUUCCCUGGCCUGCAGCCCCUCAUGCAGGAGUUGGCACAUGUUGGUUUCCUUACCAAGGAGAAUGCAGAGGAGAGGUGGAAGGUGACCGACGGGCUUCACCCUGGAGCCAAGGACAAAACGGAGGAGGCAGCUGAGGCAGCCAGAGAAGACGGCCGGGCCAUGGAACAAAAGGAGCAGGGACCUGAGCCUGUGCCAGAGCGGCAGGAAAAAGACACUUCUGCCUCCCCAGACGCUGCCAAGAAGAGCUUCGUCUGCAAAGCCUGUGACAAGAGCUUCCAUUUCUACUGCCGUCUGAAGGUGCACAUGAAGCGCUGCCGGGUGGCCAAGAGCAAGCAGGCACAGGGCAAGGGUGACAGUGACACCAGGGACUCGGAGAAGGAGCUGGGGAGGCAGCAGCCGGAGGCCCGCAGCGCGGGUGCAGAGCCCGAUGCUCCCAAGAAGAAGAAGAAGCGACUGCCAGUGACAUGCGACCUCUGCGGAAGAGAGUUCGCCCACGCCUCAGGCAUGCAGUACCACAAGCUGACGGAGCACUUCGACGAGAAACCUUUCUCCUGUGAGGAAUGUGGGGCAAAGUUUGCAGCCAACUCUACCCUAAAGAACCACCUGCGCCUCCACACCGGGGACCGCCCGUUCAUGUGCAAGCACUGCCUCAUGACCUUCACACAGGCCUCGGCCCUGGCUUACCACACCAAGAAGAAGCACUCGGAAGGGAAAAUGUACGCAUGCCAGUACUGUGAUGCUGUGUUCGCCCAGUCGAUCGAGCUGUCUCGGCAUGUGAGGACCCACACGGGGGACAAGCCGUAUGUCUGUAGGGACUGUGGAAAGGGCUUCCGGCAAGCCAACGGCCUCUCCAUCCACCUGCACACCUUCCACACAGACAUAGAAGAUCCUUAUGAUUGCAAGAAAUGCAGGAUGAGCUUCUCCACACUGCAGGAUCACCGGAAGCACAUCCACGACGUGCACUCCAAGGAGUACCACCCCUGCCCCACAUGUGGGAAGAUCUUCAGUGCUCCUUCCAUGCUGGAGCGGCACAUGGUGACCCACGUUGGAGGGAAGCCCUUUAGCUGUGGGAUCUGCAACAAGGCCUAUCAGCAAUUGUCAGGUCUAUGGUACCACAACCGGACACACCACCCAGAUGUGUUCGCUGCUCAGAACCAUCGGUCACCCAAGUUCUCAUCACUGCAGUGCAGCUCCUGUGACAAGACCUUUUCCAACACCAUCGAGCACAAGAAGCACAUCAAAACAGAGCACGCAGAUCUGAAGUUCCAUGAGUGUGGCCAGUGUAAGGAGCUCUUCCCCACACCAGCUCUGCUGCAGGUUCACGUCAAAUGUCAGCAUUCAGGGUCACAGCCAUUCCGGUGCUUGUACUGUGCAGCCACUUUCCGCUUCCCUGGAGCACUGCAGCACCACGUCACCACAGAGCACUUCAAGCAGUCAGAAAGCACCUUCCCCUGUGAGCUCUGUGGCGAGCUCUUCACCUCCCAGGCCCAGCUUGAUGGCCACUUGGAGUCUGAGCACCCAAAGGUGACAGGCACUGAGACCCAGGCAGCUGCCUCUCGCAUGGUGCAGGUGAUCCAAGCUCCAGAGCCAGCAGCCCCGGCCGAGCAGGUGAUCACGUUGGAGGAGACGCAGCUUGCUGGCUCACAGGUGUUUGUGACCUUGCCAGACCCACAGACCUCCCAGAACAGCUCUGAGCUUGUGGCAGUGACGGUGGAGGAUUUGCUGGAUGGUACUGUCACUUUGAUCUGUGGUGAAGCCAAGUGAGUGGCUGCUCCUUCAGUAGAGGAGCCUGUGUUGGACCAGCACGGAUGCCCACGGCCUACCUCUGCUGCUUAGCUAAGCUCCACCCUGGUGCUCUCACGGGGAAGACAGAGGCUUUGUCAUUUUCCUGGGAUCCAGUGUCUGAGCUAACCACACUGGUGCCAGCACUACUGCCCUUCGUGGCAGAGAGCCUCAGUCCUCCAGGCCUGCAUUCCCCCACCCCAGGGAAGUCUGGCUUCUGGAGUCAGAGUCUGAGGGAAUCCAGGGUGACCAAGGAGAUACAGCAUGCUGGCCGCCCUCAGGAGCAGGGCAGUUACCUGAGUCUGAGCCAACAGGGGGCCACAGACACCACCAGUGCCUCUGCCAGUAAAGCACCCACACAGCCUCCAGGGACCCCAGCGUGGCAGCUGUCCUCCCUCCACCCCUGCCCCAGCUCGGGUUCCCUUUGGAGGCUGUAAAACACGCGUUAACAGUGCAGGUCUCCAUUGGCUUCCCCAAUCCUCCCUGCUCUGUCUUUCUCAAAACAAAGCUUUGAGCAUUGCCACUGGGGGGCCGCUUCCUGUGAGGUCACCCAGCUGCCUCUGCCUUCCUGGGUGUUCAUCAGAGCCUCCCUGUGAGCUUCAGGCCUUCCACAUCUGCUAAUCAAGGCUGAACUGCCUCAGCCCGGAGACCUCUUGCUGACUUCCUCUGUACCGUGUGAUAGCCUAAUGAACCAGCUUGUGGGGGCAGGCCUGUGCCUGCAUGUGAUGGAUUAGCAGCAUCUGAGGUGGCCUCUGCUUCUCCUGUCACUGGCCUGCAUGUCUGGUGCAUGGCCUGCUCUCUGGGAUCCCCAGGCUGCAUACUUACUGCAGCACCAUGCUUCUUUCAAGUCUGAGUGUCGCAGAGCCUCUCAUCCUUAGUUCCUGACGUGCGGUCUGUAAUUGAUGGCUUGUGGAAUCCGGUUGGAAGGGCAAUUAGAUGGAUGUUGGUUCCUGCUGCUUAGAGAGAAGGGCUUGCAUUUAUCUUACCUUUCUAGAAGCCUGAAGAGAGGAGUGGGUUAUCACAGUAUUUGCCCAUCUGGCCCGGCUCCCUGUCACCUGUGUGGCUGACUCCCUACAGUGGGAACACCCUGAUUUGGUACUCACCUUUAGCCACCUGCUAUAAGAUAAGCCCACAGCUUCCUGCCAGGUGCAGCUCACAUGAGCUUGUGCAGAGAUGUGGGUCCAGUGUGGCCAUGGUGAAGGUGCAUUGCCCCCAUCCCUCAGCUGCCUCACAGGAGGACACAAAGUAGCAGCGUAACCCACAGCAGUGUCUAAGGGCUGCUGCCCUUUGGCCUCAGCUUGGCACAGGCAGUACUGGUGAGUGUCUAAGCUGGACACCAGCUCUGGCCAGCCUCUCCUGUCAACCCUGCCCUCCUCAUUCCAGAUGCAAAUCGUUUGAACUUACCAGCUAGGGAAUCCUCCCUUUCUAAAAGUCAAUGUUUUUCAAACGUGUCAGCCUCAGAAACCAAACACUGACCAGAAGAUGGUGCUCAAGCAUCAAAACUUCACCUCCCUGGUUUCUCCACUGCAGUCCUAGCCUGCUGGCUUUCAGACCUGUGCCAGCCGACCAGGGGAGCUCUUGAUCUCUAAGUGGUGUAACAGUUCCUCAGUCCAUCUGCGUCAAGUAACCCACUAAAAGACAGCGGAGGGGCACAUGUGUCCAGGCCCUGUCAGGAACAGCACGUCACAGGCUGUGGAGGACUUAGGAACUGUGUAGUGAGUGUCACCAAAAAGUCUCUUCCUGGUGACAGGCAAACCUUGCAGAGGUCCUGUGUGAGAAAGUCCAUUUUUAAAUAUAAAGAGCUGUAAGUUAGAAGCCUGAAUGUCAGGCCCUUUCCAGCCUGAGAAACAGUCUCCGUUUUCCUGGGACCUGGGUGGUGUGCACGUAUGUGCAGUCAGCAGACAUGGUUCACUACAGAGAGCCUUGGGCAGGUAGGCUUGCUGCCCUUCCUUGGAUGCCCAGCUCUGGAAUACACACGGCUGGAGGCACAGCAGUGCUGGGUGUGGAGUAUGGAGAACUCCUGUCUUCCACGAGUUCUGUGCUGGUGACGUGUGACCUCUGCCCCAGCUGCUGACUUUUUACAGUGGCUCUGAAGAAGGUGAAAGUCUCCACCUACUGCCCCAGAGAACAGCCACAUGGGCCUCCUUAGUCCACAUUGCUUUUGCAAUGGAAAUGUGGUUCCAUUUGCCUCAUCUUCUUGAAUACUGCCUGCCUAGCCCUUGGGCAGCAGCUCCAGCAGUCUGUGGGUCCCUUGGAACUUGUGUAUUUGAGCAGUGGGACCCCAACUCAGCCACCAAAGAGGGGAAGGCAGAUGCCAAGCUGGAGUCCAGUUGGCCCAUCACUGGUGUAAGGACAGCAAACUGGUGACUGAAGAGCAGCCUACUGUCAGCAGGAGAGAGCUGCUGUCCUACUGUCAGCAGGAGAGACCUGCUGUCAAUGCACGAGCAGAACCUAGGCCAGCGCGGCAGAUAAAGGUCUUUCUCGGGUGUUUUACAAGACUGGACUCUUCUGUCUUCUAAGCUGUACGUCGGAAAAGCUUUGAGCUCAGUCCGUACCCAAGCCUGUGAUGUGAGUUCUGGGCCUGUGUGUUGUACUGGCCCAUGCUGACCACAGGAGAGGCCUCAGCCUUGUCCCUGAGCACUGAUGGUUAGGGCUGGGAUGAGGGGCAGACAGAUGCCAAAUGAGGGGAAAGAGCUCUGUGUCCUGGGGACAGGAGGGUGGGCCUUUACAUUUCUUGUGCCUGGGAACCUGAGCUGACAGGACGGAGCACUAAGGCCCACUUAGCGUGCGCUCGUUGGGAACAGCAGUGCCUUUCGGAGCUGGAAAGUCGGCCAGUGGUGGAGAUGACACUGGUUUGCUCCAGUCAGCCUCUCCCAUCCCAGCUUUGUUCUGGGUCCUGUGUGUCCCAGCAGAUGACACUCAGAAGGGAUUGGGAGUAAAUGACUUAGGGCUGAGGGGGUCAAAGGCAGGUUCACAGUUUUGUUGCUGUGGAAACCUUGGGGGCACUGAGAACUACGCUAAAAACUACGGACCUCAAACUUACUCAGUCUAACUGGGCCUCUAGAGAAGAGGGGAGUGGUGAGUUCUUUGCGGACCGAUGGUGUUGUUGAGGAAAUCAUUCCAUGAGCAAGUUUACAUCGUCUCCAAACGGUGAGGCUGGCCGUGGUUUCCCUGAGCAAGGCUGCUGGUGCUUGUUUCCACCAUGGCCAAGACAGCCAGCCCCAGGAGAUGUGUGAACUGGAUUGCAAACUAGAACUGCUCAACAUGCACUGUGGCUAGAAAUAAAGUCUGCUUUGGAAGCAGUUGUGGUUUGUGUA